GUGGAGACACACGGGCGUUUAUGUGUGUUCGGAGAACGGGACAGAUGAGACCAGAGAGGUGGCCGUCUUUGUGCCUGAUCCUGAGGUGUGGUUCCUGGAGAACGAUCAUUUAAUGGUGACUAAGACGAAAGAAGAAGGCACGAUCCCAUGUCUGGUGACAAAUCCCUCGAUAAACGUCACGCUGUACGAGAGUGACUCUGAGAUAAUGGUGGAGGGUUCGUACAACCCCAGCGUGGGCUUCAGCGCCGCCCUGGAGGACAGAACCUACAAAUGCAAAGGAGAGCUAAACGGAGAGGAGAAAGAGUCCGUCAGCUUCUAUGUCUUCAGUAUAUUUGCUCCCGAGGCUCUGGAUCCCUACAUCAACGCCUCCAAAACGGUCCUGAAACAGGGCGAGACGCUGAACGUCAACUGCACCGUUCACGGCGUGGAGCUCGUCUUCUUCUCCUGGGACUUUCCCCACAAAGACGUGGGGGACAUUGAGCCCUUGACUGACGUCCUGUCGUCCAUGAGCAUGCGGUCCUGUCUCAACAUCACAGACGUGUCUCUGGCCAGAUCAGGACAGUAUGUUUGUCACGUGCAUGAGGGUGUGCUGAACCAGAGAGCUUCAGCCAGUAUAGACAUCACUGUACUGGAGAAAGGCUUCGUGGCUCUUUCUUCACAUCUGGGCAGGAACGUCUCGGCACUGCUCGGAGAAAACGUGGAGCUGAAGGUGGAGAUUGAGGCGUAUCCCAAACCCAGCGUGCAGUGGACUAAAGACGGCGCUGCUAUCAGAGGACACAGCACCAGACAGGAACAAGAGACGGGGUUUGUCAGCACACUGACCCUGGUCAGGAUCCGACUGGAGCAGAUGGGUCUCUACACCGUCAGUGUCCAAAACCAAGAUGACUUUAAAGAGAUGACCUUUGACCUAGAGGUGAAAGUUCCUCCUCAGAUAACUGAACUCUCUGACCAUCAGCUGCCGGGUAAGAAGCAUGCGGUCACCUGUGUGGCGGAGGGAGUGCCGUCUCCCAGCAUUCAAUGGUUCAGCUGUGACAGCAUGCCCAAGUGCAGUAACAGAAGUGUGGCGUGGAGCCCCCUAGUGGAGGAUCCUGAGAAAGUCACCAUCCAGACUAACGUCAGCUACAACAUCACACGCAAGAUCCACCAGGUGCACAGUCAGGUGACUCUCCUGCUGCCCCAGCUGCUCACCAUCCGCUGCGAGGCCCGCAACGAGAGAGGAGCUCGAGCCCGAGACAUCAGACUGGUCAACAGCACGUUGUUUUCUCAGGUGGCCAUUCUGGCCGCAGUCUUAGCGCUGGUGGUCAUCGCCAUUAUCUCCAUCAUCAUCCUCAUCGCUGUGUGGAGGAAGAAGCCACGCUAUGAAAUCAGGUGGAAGGUGAUCGAAUCGGUCAGUUUGGAUGGACACGAGUACAUCUACGUCGACCCCAUUCACCUGCCCUAUGACCUGGCCUGGGAGAUGCCGCGGGACGGUCUGGUGCUGGGUCGGACACUUGGAUCUGGAGCGUUUGGGCGUGUUGUUGAGGCGACGGCGUACGGACUCGGCCGUUCCCAAUCCGCCACUAAAGUGGCAGUGAAAAUGCUGAAAUCGACGGCUCGGAGGAGCGAGACUCAAGCUCUGAUGUCUGAACUCAAGAUCAUGAGUCAUCUGGGUCCUCACCUCAACAUCGUCAACCUGCUGGGCGCCUGUACCAAACACGGUCCGCUGUAUCUGGUGACAGAAUACUGUCGCUAUGGAGAUCUGGUUGACUAUCUGCACAGGAACAAGCACAGCUUCCUCCAGUACUACGCCGACAAGAACCACAUCGCCAACGGCAGCCAGAUCUGUAACGACAGCGAUGUGCCGACCGGGAAAGAAUACGUGUCGUUUGGCAGCGAGCGUGAUGGAGGAUAUAUGGACAUGACCAAAGACGAGCAGACCGAAUACGUGCCGAUGCAGGAGCUCACGGACACCAUCAAGUACGCAGAUAUCCAGCCAUCACCCUACGAGUCUCCUUACCAGCAAGACAUCUACCAGGAGCAAGGACACAGGGUGGAUCGGUCUCUGGUCAUCAGUGAUUCUCCGCUUCUGAGCUACACUGAUCUCGUGGGUUUCAGUUAUCAGGUGGCCAAAGGCAUGGAGUUCUUGGCCUCAAAGAACUGUGUGCAUCGGGAUCUGGCAGCAAGAAACGUCUUGAUCUGUGAGGGCAAACUGGCCAAGAUCUGUGACUUUGGACUGGCCAGAGACAUCAUGCAUGACAACAACUACAUCUCCAAAGGCAGCACGUUUCUUCCUCUGAAGUGGAUGGCGCCGGAGAGCAUCUUUCAUAACCUGUACACCACGCUGAGUGACGUCUGGUCCUACGGCAUCUUGCUGUGGGAGAUUUUCACUCUGGGAGGAACCCCGUAUCCAGACCUGCCCAUGAACGAGUUGUUUUACAGCGCUCUGAAGAGAGGAUACCGCAUGGCCAAACCCUCGUACGCCUCCGACGACAUGUAUGUUCACGGCGUUUACUACUGACCUGAACGAAAGUGACAUAAACAUACAGGCUGCAUGCUUAUUAUUGCACAUAUGCUUGAGUUAUAUAUUCAUAUAGUAAAUCACUCUGAAGAUUGUGCACAGUAACAACAGGCAGGUUU